AUGGAUGUAUGGGGAAGCCAAAGUACAGCUGGAGCGAGUGAGCAUUUACCUGGAGACGAGGAAGAGUGGGAACUCCCUGAGAGCGGAAAAGAUGCUCUGGUUGUUCUGCUGGAUGUGCGCAAGUCCAUGUUCGCUCCGUAUCCACACGCUGCUGCAGGUUCUCCAUCGACUUGGUUCCAUGCUGUCGUGGGACUCGUGAUCAAACUGCUCAAGUCGAAAGUCAUCGCAAGUGAUAAUUCGUUGUUCAGUGUCAUUCUAUUCGGAACAAACAAACAGAGCGAAGCAAGUACAUUGGAGCAGGUCCACGAGUUUCACCCGCUGGGACAUCCGUCGGCGCAGAGAAUCAAGGAGCUUCAGGCGUUGCUGGAAUCCGACGUGCAAAUGGAAUUCGAGUCCAUGGAGAACUCGGAGCAGCUCUUGUUUAGCAACGCUUUGUGGCAAUGUGGAAUCUCCUUCUCAAGCGCAAAUUUAAAGAAGAGGGAUUCGCAGCGUAUCUGGAUCUUCACAAAUGAUAACAGCCCACAAGGAUCGGACGCAGAAGAAGUAGGCCGCAUUCAAAAGCAAGUCCAGAACCACGCUGAACUUAAGCGCACACUAAAUCUAUUCUAUAUUACGCCGCCCGGAAAGAAGAGCUUUGAUCUCUCAGGGUUCUAUGGUUGUUCUUUCAAGGACUUUUCAGCAUCUGACAGUGACGAGGAGGCUGAAGAUGAAACACUAUUUCAACCAGCUUUUCCUGUCAAUUCGCUCGAUGAUCUGAUGAACGGGUCGCUACGCAAGCGUUUUCGCAAACGCCGCCUCACUACAUUUCCUCUUUCAGUCACGAAAGCCGUAUCAAUUGGCGUGGAGCUGUAUGCGCUAGUAAUCGUUCAGCGGAAGAAUACUCCGGUGGCUCUUGAUGCGAGCACAAAUUUGCCGCUAAAAACUGAGACAAAGUGGCUCUGUGAAGAUACUGGGGCGUACCUGGCACCGGAUCAGAUAAAAAAGUACAUUGAUUAUGGUGGAAAGCGUGUGUAUUUCACACGGGAUGAUAUUGUGGAGAUCAAGCAUUUUGACUCACCAGGGCUACAGCUGAUCUGCUUUAAGCCGAUGAGCUCCCUCCAAUGGAACGAAAAUAUUCGCUCUCCAUAUUUCGUGUACCCCUGUAAUGGAUACAUCGAAGGAAGCUCCAUUGCCUUCAUGGCAAUCCUCAACUCAAUGGUCAAGAAGCAAAAGUUUGCAUUGGCAAGGUUGAUUGCGCGAACGACAAGCGAACCCCGACUCGUGGCGCUAGUGCCACAGGAAGAAGAAAACGACGAGAUGGGCCAGAUACAGCCAUCAGGGUUUAACGUCAUCUUCUUGCCAUACCUGGAUGAUAUUCGCGACGUUCCAGUCGAGCCCAUCACAAACGUCACUCACGAGAAAACUGAUGCAGCAAAGCACCUGAUUGCGACGUUGAAGCUAGCAGAAGCACCGAGUUUUGAGAACCCAGAAUUGCAAAAACACUACGCCGCGAUUCAAGCCCUUGCCCUCGAUGAGGACGAACUGGAAUUUGACGAUAAGCACGAUACGACGCUUCCGGAUGCAGAGGGAUUUAGCCAAGGUGAAGUCAAGGGUGCAAUUGCUGAUUUCCGAGAAGUAUGUGGCGGCGAGUUAAUCGAUGCGUCGACCAACGCGAAGCGCAAGUCUUCAAUAUCUGGAGGGCGCAAGGCAACACGGAAGAAGUCGGUGAAAAGAGGUUCAGGUCAACCGGAGGCAGAGGAGACUUUUGAUCGGGAGGAAUGGGCUGCGCUUGUCACGUCUGACGCCAUACAGAAGAAGACGGUUGCUCAGCUGAAGGCGUUUCUACACGCUCAUGGCGUCGCAGUUGUGGGACGGAAGGCCGACCUGAUCGACGCCGUCAGGUCUUUUCUCGAAGCGUAG